GACGACGUGGUCGCGGUGCUCCUGAGGCAGCAGAGUCUACUAACUCUACUCCCUAAACGCUUCGCUAGAGCCAGCAGAUUUUUUUUGUGUUUUUUGUGUACUUCCUGUGGUCCCUCACACCCACCAGAGCCAGCUCCUGGAACGCGGGGGAGUGUGGGCGAGUAAACAAAGGGGAAGUGCGCGGGUGAGGGCCAAAUAGACCUCACCCGAGUUAGUGUGUACCGAAAUUUAGUGGCCACCAUAUCUCCGAUACAUCCAUCAACCAGCAUCAAUCCGCGUCGUUGGGAUUCGAAAGUGCAAAUUUAGGGGACUGAAAUCGGUUCCUCUGAUUUUUUUCCUGGUGCAUUGUGCGAGAAAAGUUCGGGAUAUUGUAGAAGUGCACCAGAGGGUUUUUUUUUAUCUGGCGCUUCCGGAAGCUGAAGUGGUGACCCGCAGUGCAAGGAUACAGAGGGAAAAGUUAGUGACCGUAAAAAAAGUCAGCUGGAAUAGUAAAAACCUUCAAGAAGGUGGGGCGCUCUGGGGCGGAAAUGGCGGACGGCAGGAGCGCCGCCAAGCGUCAGAAGUGCACGUGUGGAUUGUUGCAGCUAGCGGAUGGGAUCCUAAGUCGUUACCAAAGUUUCUGCUAGACCGUGUGAAAAUCGCAGUGUUACCACCCACAAAUGUUACCAGUAGAGCCCAUCUCCCAAAUAGAUAGCAAAAAUUUAUUACCAAAAAAAAAGUAUAUAUCGCAAAAUCUGCUCAACUAGCAAGUGAAACGUUGUGAAAUCUCCCCAACAUUGCUCAAAAAAGUUCAGAGGAAGAAGAAAAAAUCGAAUCAAUCAGCUCAAGUGGCAACCAAAUCAAUCUGUCGGUUAGUGAAAGUUCCAGUGAAAGUCGCUCCACAAUUAAAGCGCAGCAAAGUUCUCAACCAUAAAUAUAAUAAUAAUUUCUAGAAAAAAAGCACGCAAAGCACAGACCAGUGGGAGGGGAAAUCAAAAUGGAAAAACGCUGUAAUCCUGGGUGGUUCUCAGCAUAGUGUGUCAUCUCAAGUCGCUGUCCUAAAGCAACAAAAAAAAAAAAAGGAUUUACCGACGGAUCCAGUUUGUUUCGUGGCAUCGAAGGAACUGACAAAAGAAAGUGCAGAUCGACCAGAAGAAGACCCAGGACAUCAUUAAGGAUUACACCUGUCCACGCGGUUUCUCCUUGAGUUGAGUUCAUUUUGGGAAGGGCAGUCAACGAAAAACGAGAAAACGAAGGAGAGUGGAAAACCGGAAGUAACCCUAUUGUGAGGCACAACCCCCUCCGACAGUUUCCAUAGUGUUUUCCUUUUCGGUUCCGGGGAUUAAUGGGAACGUCUCUCAGCCCGUCGGAUAGUUGGUCGGUUUUGUUUUGUGCGAAAACUGCAUUCUGCUAAAAAAAAAGAAUACCAAGCAAUAAUGGCCCAUAAAAUCAAGCUCAAACCUGGCCUCGGCAGUGUCGCUGAAAAAUCUCGAAGCACCGUCAAAUUCGACAGCAAACCGUCAUCGAACUCGCACCGAGAGGCAACACCGGCCGUCAAAGAUCAGGACCGGCGGGAGUAUUAAACAAUUAAAAAUACCGUCUCUCCCACCCACUAUUUCUACUAGGUUGGGAAUUUGAGGCAAUGGGCGCAGGAAAUUAAGUAUCAAAAAUCCGCCGCCGAAAGAAAAGAAAAGCCGAAAACAUUUCCCCUUGGAUGCUGUUUUGUUGUUCUUCUUGAUGGUUGAACAGAAGAAACAGCAAGGCAAAGAAUCGUGCCGAUAAGUGAUUAUUUUCGGAAAAUUUGUGUGAAUGUGUGCGAUGGGACAUCAUCAUCGUCAUCAAUGGUUGUAAAUUUCGGAUUCUCGAUUUCGAGGAACCUUGGGCCGAUGUUAUGGGCUUGUGUGCGUGUGUGUGGGUGGAAGUUGGAUUCACGAAAAAUUGAUGCUGACAAAAUGUAGCUGAGAAGGAAGGUUGUGCACCAUUGUUGGGAAGAAAAACCCAUCGAAGGAAAGAAAACAAGAAAAAAAAACCGCGAGAAAGAGGAAGUAAAAUCAACAAUCGAACGUGGGUUGUUGUGACUAUCGGAAACAAUCAUUCUUCAGGUUGUGCCACUUUCCGACUAAUUCUUCCAACCGGGAAACGAAUCUCUCUAGUCUAUUUCUUUGUGAAAGAUGUAGGAUAAGGUAUUACAAAAGUUUUUUUACCUUUAAAAUUAAAGAUGAAAGUUAAAUCGCUGUGCUAGAGCUAAAAUAAGGUCCUUCAAGGUGAAAAUUGUCUUUGAGGGAUCGAUUAAGGUGUUAUAUAGUUGUUACUCUUGAGAUAGCUCACUAAUUUUAGUGUAAUUGUCCGUGAGUGUGUGAGUACGCAGCUGAGCUGAAAAGUGUUUUCUAUCGCCAUUUUUUCUAAAACAGAAACUAAUGCAUGUUUAAGUGUCAUUGUUCUUCAAGUAGAAAAAGAAUACACAUUGAAUUAGUAACUUAGAAAGUAAAAAUCAAAUCUCGACCGGUUGUGACGCACCCUCGUAACUUACUGUAAAAAAGUACUACUCCUAUCACUUUUGCUCACUAGUCAAGACAAAAAAAGUCUCAUUAUGUGAACUCACGAACAAAUAACAAAAAAAUCGUAACGAUCUUACCGUCCUCUUAAAGUGAAGUAUAGCGAAUGUUUUGAGCAAAAACAUCUAAGUCUUAGCAAAAAUCAAAACAACCGAAGCAAAACAACAAACAAAUGUGCCAAACAUUUUCCGACAGCAUAGAGCGGAACGAUUUGAACGAAGGCCAAAACAUGUAAGAAAAAACAAAAUCAGCUGCAGCAGUAAAGUGGCAGUAAACAGAGAGAAGAAAAAAAACCAACAAGAAAAAAUAUACCGUUAUUAACCUUAUUAAUAACACGGCGCUGCCCUACUAGACUGUUGGCGGUGGUGGUGGUGGUUGUUGAAAUUUAUUAAAUAAUCCCCAUCAUCAAUUAUUUUUUCACUCUCUCGUUCGUUUGGGGCAAUUCGAGUGAGUUCGAGCUGGAAAAAUACCACUCCCGCAAAACCAAUAAUAAUAGCAGCAAAUCGGCCGCUACAAGAAGUCAGAAGAAUCGAAGACUACGGGAGCAACCGGCAACAUCAACAGUAGAAGAAGAAGCAGAAGAAAAACAGAAGAUCGCGCGUGGAAAAUUAAUUGAAUCAACACCCGCCAUUUUUCCGGAUCCCCCUAGCACCAUUCACGUUUGGUGAAUCUCGGUAAACAUCCCAAUAUCCAGCUAAUAAAUAUUAAUUUUGCUCCGCGGAUUUUUUCUCAACAUAAUCCAAGGGGUGGAAGCAAAGGAAGCAAAAAUAAACACUCCCAUUCAAAAAGAAAACGUGUGAAUCAUCCCCCCUUACCGGUGGUCAAAAACCGUUGGAGCCGCCAAAGUUUGAAAGCUAAAGUGAAGUGAAGUGUUGUUUACUUCUUUUUUUUGGGUAAAACCGAAAAAAAACGUUACCUGUAGCCUCCGCGUUGAAAGAAGCCUCCAAUUGGGGUCCGGUUUAGUGAAGGAAAACAAACCAUUGAAGGUCGCGGCUAGUGAUUUCUCUAAAUAAUUUCACUCGUUAUCGAAACGUCUGCUGCAAGUGUCAAUUGAGAGACUGAUUAAGGAAAAGUGUUAAGGCAACGAAUCAGCAAGAAAUUGGAAACAUAAGAUCAAUCGGCAACCAUCCACGGGCUUCUGGAGCAAAUAAAAUCGGAACAACAAUCACCUUGGAUCUCCUUUCGGCGAAACCUUUCAGCACACCCGUCAAAAUUUCGCCUGAAAAGCGGCAGUAGCAGCAGCAAAAUGGCGGCAGUAAAUUCGGUUCAAAAUAGUAUACGACUUCCCCUGGCAGGGCUAGCUCCGCCCCGGGUUCUGAUGUGCAGUGCCUCGAUGGGUGCCGAGGGAUCGGUGACGUUGCAGUUACGGGAAGCCGUUCAGGCGCCGGACUCGGGCAGCUCCCUGGAUCACAGCGGUCUCACCAUCGGCUAUCCGGAUCCGGAAAUGUUGGCCGACAUGCUCGGGUCAUUCCAGAGUGCUUCGGUUGGGGCGGCAGGAUUGGAUUCAGCGAUCGGAUCCAGCUCCGGCACGACAACCACCUUCGAUCUCAUCCAGCAGGACAGCAGCAACAGCAACUGCAGCAUCGGCAACAACAAAGCAUCGGCGAACGGGCUGGACCCGAUCGAGCAGCAUCACCAUCAUCAUCAUCAUCAGCUGACGACGACAAAUGCUCUGCUGGCCAAGAUUGGAUCUCCCUCAGGAGGAGGAGGAGGAGGAAGCAACAGUCCCAGCAGCAGCAACGGAAGCAGCUGCAGCAGCAAUGGCAGUCUCAUACUGGGCAGCUUGAAAGGUGAAAUAGGUUCCAAAGCGGACAAAUUCAACGGCUUCGGCAUUCCGACGACCGUUUCCCUCCAGGUGACUGCCGCUUCCUCACCUUCACCGAGCAGCAGUCCCAGUUUAGCGAAAACCCAUCACCAGGUGAUGGUGAUGGCGGCAUCUUCCGGAAGUGGGGGCCACAAUACCCGAAGUGAUAGCACCAGCAGCAAUUGCAGUAGUUCCAGCAGUAGUUCGAGCAGUUCCAGCAGUUCCAGCAGCUCCAGUUCCAGUAGUUCGCCCAGUGGACUUCCGACGGCUGCCUCGGCGGCAAAAAAGCCGAGACCCAAAACGGCUUCCCCGACCCGACAUGGACCGCAACAGUGCCAGGUUUGCAGCAAAGUGUUCGGCAAUGCUUCUGCCCUGGCCAAACACAAACUGACCCACAGCGACGAACGGAAGUAUGUCUGCGGAAUGUGCUCCAAGGCCUUCAAACGACAGGACCAUCUAAAUGGCCACAUGUUAACCCACCGGAACAAAAAACCCUACGAAUGCAAGGCGGACGGCUGUGGAAAAUCCUACUGCGAUGCCCGAUCCUUGCGAAGGCACACGGAGAACCAUCACAGUGGCCAACCGUCGCCAUCCGGCACCACGACGCCCACCCCACCCGCUUGUGGUUCCGGUUCCGUGCCGAUGUCCAGUCCUUCUUCUUCAGGCUCUUCAACCGGUUCCAGUUGCAGCGGAAGUAGUAGUACCGGAAAUGGAAAUGGAACUGGAGCAGGAACAGGAGGAGGUUCACCUUCAAUGCCGCUGAUGGUUUCGGCAGCGGCCGUCAGCAGUCCUGCGAUUCAAGGAUCCACCGGCAGUAGCAGUGGUUCGCUGCCAGCCGUUGUGGUUACUCCCUCGACUUCCGGCGCUACGACGUCCUCCUCUUCUUCCGUUUCGGCGAUGAUGACGACGACUGGGCCCCUCAGCGGUCUGAGCCUUUCGCCGGCCACGGCCAGUGGUGAUGCAAGUUCACCUCAUGGAGCCACCUGCAGCAUCCAGUUCACGACAUCCCCCGGCAGUACCAUCCUGGGUUCGAGUAAUGGAAUCAGUUCCUCGAGCUCGUCAAAUACAGCGAACGCAGCCAGUCAAGGCAGCAGCACCGGAACCCUGCUAGAUUCCGCCGGAACGCUUCAGGUCGUAGUCAGUGCCAAUCAAAGCUCGAAAUGUUCCUCGCCAAACUCUCCCGGAAGUUCCGGCUGCGCUUCAACGGCUGGUGCUGGCUCCGGAACGACCGGAAGUGGCAACGAAGGACUCACCCGGCAGCAGCUGGACCUGAUCACCCAGAUUAUGCAGCAAACGAAACAGGCCACCGGUUCUGGAACUACUGGCUCUACCGGUAGCGAUAAAGUUAAUCCACGGCCAAGAACUUGGAAUAUGCAGGUAGGUUCCCUCCAGCUCAGUCAGAACAAGUUGACCACCGUUAGCAGCAAUAGCAGCACAUCCGCCAACGCUUCUUCUAGCAGCAGCAACUCGACCCCGGCCAGCACUUCCGCUUCCGGUAGCACCGGAUCCGCCCCGGUUGAAACAGGCCAACCAUCGGCAGGACAGCAGCAGCCUCCGAAAUCCGACCAGAAACCGGUCGAGUGUAAUUUGUGCCAUCGUAAGUUCAAAAACAUACCGGCCCUCAACGGGCACAUGCGACUGCACGGAGGCUACUUCAAGAAGGACUCCGAAACCAAGAAAUGUGAUAAAAAGGAACACACCGGGCCUCCGCUUCAGACCGCCAGCGUGGGAGUGCGAGCCUUGAUCGAGGAGAAAAUCAUCAACAAACGGAGCAAGGAUUUGAAGAAUCUGUUGUUGAAGGGUUCAUUCGUAGUGCCGGCACCUCCGCUAACUGCUCGACGGUUGCUGGAAGCUAGCGAAGCUCUUCUAUCACCCAAACCGGGUACGGUAGCGAUCGUUUCCACCCACAAUGGAACGACGCAGAUCAUCAACCCGAAGGUGGCUAUGAGCUCCCAGUCGACAGGGACCGAAGUCAAGGAUGCCACCCUGAUCGAACUGCUCAAGCGAGGAACGAAAGUGGCGGUCAAGCGUACCUGUUCCGACCCUGGUCAGCUAGCGAUCACCACCACUCAGACAGCCGCCACUCAGCAGACCCGAACGGUAGUCCUCAACAGUGCCCCUGUAACGCCUGGCUCUAGUUCUCCCUUGGCUUUGUCCAUUGCCAAUAGCUCCACGUCGAGCUCGGCGAUCCUUACCACCAAUUCAACGACCUCCCUUGGUAACUCUUCAUCGUCUUCGUCGUCUUCGGCUGUGGAUUCUACGCCUCUCUCACUCACGAUAUCACAAGCGCCUUCCGGCAGUGCGGACGUGUUCACUUUAGCCUACUCAACUGAUGCCACCGGUGCCGCUGCCUUCUUUAGUGAUAACGACGUAUACAGUGUUAGCGAUACGACCAUGCUAUUGCAGGCCGUCGAUUCCAUUCAGCUGCUGCAAGAUUCUUCCUCAACCGAGCAGCUGGACGAGAUAGCUUCCCUCUCCGAUUACACAACCAUAAAUGAGCAAAGUUUUACCCCCUCUCGACAGCUGCAAGCGGUUCUGGACUCUCCUUUACCUGAGAGUUUAGCAGAGUUCAGCACACUCCAUUCCAAAGAUUUCAUCCUGUACAAUGCCAGCAAUGUCUCGAACAGCGAUCCUUCCGCCAGCCAAACUUCCAGCUCACCACUACCGUCACCUUUAGCCUACCCAACACCUCCAGCCUCUCACGAACCGGUAGCCCAAGCGUCGCCAUUCUUGGACGACUCUCGUCACUUCUCAGACGCCAGUUCAUUCUUCGACGAUAAGCGAAACGCAACCUCCAACCUGCUCGAUGAUAACUUCUUCAAGACAGACAACAAACAUGACGAGAAGAUUCAAGCCCUCAAAAAUGAACUGCUGGAUGAAAAUCACGAUAUAUUCCGGAACAGUAAAAACAUUCUCGAUGAUCAUUGUGCCGAACUGUUCAAAAGCGAAGACAGCUUUUUUGUCGAGAGUACGGUGUCGAACAAACAAUCUACCGAUUCGUCCAAUACCAUCCGAGAUCAGGACGAAGCUAAUGCCGCCUCUAAAAUAAACUUGGAUUUUCUAGAUGAAGCCCAAGUCUUCAUCAACGAAACUCGCAACACUUCCUCUCCUCUCUCCAAUGCUUUUUUCUCUGCCACCAUGUCCAGUGCAGAGGAAGUCAAAGAAGCCCUCGAAGAGGUGCUCCCGAGCGAUGAAGAUGUUGUCAUUGCCGAGUCCGAUAUUGAUCUCUACUACUUGAAUGGGCUCUCCUCGCUGCAAUCCCAGAUGAUGCCCAACUCGGAAGACCCUCUACUAUCAUCAUCUCCGAAAGAUUUCGCCCAUAGACAGCAUCAAAAGUUUCUCUUUGAACAACAACAACAGCAACAGCAGCAGCAACAAUCCGGCAGCAACACAUUCUCACCACCGAGUGCCAAAAAGCUAAAAAUCGACGCAGAAGUCACAAGUGAUAUCAAAAAAAUUCCACUAACCGUACAAACAGAACCGAUUCCAAAAGACAGCGCCCACACCGGCGACUCCGUGUUUCUCAGCCCCAGUAGCAUCUCGUCCACUAGUAGCACCAGUAGCAGCAUCAGCGGCAACAACAACAACAACAACAGCUCCUCGAAGCUCCAAAGCGCCCUUUUGCGCAAACGAUCUUCCCAAACGAUGUUGCCCACUGUAACAAUCCGAAAGGCCCCAAUCUACCACUCAAAGUUACGCAAAUCAGCCACAGCACUUCCCGUAACACAUUACACACCUCAACCGAUGCUAAACCCCAACCGUACAGCUCCGGGACUUUUCUCGACCAUCUCCCUCUCCAACCUUCCCGGUUCCGACUCCACCGUCGACGAUACCUGUGACAUCUUCAGCGAACCACCCCUCCCAAUACGGCCUCGAAUUAACCUCGGCCACGACUACCAAGCCAACAUCCCCGAGUGCCACCGACCGACCUAUCACACCCUCUCUCGGCACCUCGAUCAUCAACAGUGGGACCCCACCCUGAUCCAGAACGAUCAGCAGGUCGCCCGCUUCGUCGAGCUCUCCCGUUCCUCGGCCGUCCCACUCGGGUGUCACUCGGAGGAAAGUGCCCUCAAAUCGCUCUUGGAAGCCCAGGGCGAAAUCCACAUCGCCAUUCUUAACCUGAUGCAAACGGCUCCCUCCAACAUUCACCGACGAUGGGCCGCUCAGGAAAUGGAACAGUUUAUCCACGGGCUGGAACUGUACGGCAAGGACUUCCAUCGGAUCGCCUCCGAACUUCUACCCGGCAAAUCGACCAGUGACUGCGUCCAGCUGUACUACUUCUGGAAAAAGCUUUGCGUCGACUACAAAACUACCCAUCUGCUGCAGCACGGGGACAAUUCGAUGAAGUUCAUCAACCUGAAUGCCAGCGCCGACGAUCUGCUGCUGGAUCACAUCGGCUACACGAGCAAGACGGUCACGGUUGGAGUAGGUGGAGGCAGUAGCAGUAGCAGCUCCAACAGUGGAAGCGACGUGCGACCGCACGUCUGCGAAGUUCCCGACUGUUCAGCGAGCUUCUCGUCCAAAGCCGCCCUGCACGGCCACAUCCGAAUCCACUGUAUUGGCCGCUCGGCGACGCAGCUCGGGGGCACUUUGCAAAAUGGUAAUUUCUUGAGUGCUUCCUCUACCGCCUCCGGUAAUCCCAUUAACCCUACUACUAACAACCACAUACCGACAAAGGACGAUUAUCCCUGCAAGGUGUGCGGCAAGGUUUUUAAUAAGGUAAAAAGUCGAAGUGCCCACAUGAAGUCUCACCGUCCUCAAGAUGCCAGUGAUCAAUUGCAGCAUCAGCUUCAACUACACCAGCAACAGUUGAUGCAACAGCAACAGCAACAGCAACAACAGCAGACACAAGCAACGUAAACAGACGUCAAGGUGACAGCCAACAAUCUGCAUCAACAAACUCAAAUAGGAAAGGAAUAGUUAAAAAGCGACAUAAAAGACAUAAACAAGACUGGGUACGUGUGUUUACCAUCAGCAAAAAACGAAGCAGUUUGAGACAAUCUCCAAAAUCGAUGUGAAACCCGAAGACCUGGCAACAGUGAAGAGUGAAAAACCCGAAACCAAAAUGAGCAAAAGCAAACAAACACAAAUUUUCCCCCAAAAAAAAACCUAAGCAAAUCACCGUAACCGAGGUUGUUUUCUAAAACAAUUAGAUGUGAAUGAUCCCACAGAAUUAAAGAAAAAAAAACAAUAAAAUCAAUCAUCUUACUAAACGCAAAUUUCAACACAACAGCACGACGAAAAACGAAUAAAACUGGCUAGCCGAAGGGCCGAUGGCUUCCGGCGGCACAGAAUCGAAAGCAAAAUGUCAAAUUACAACUACGCUCAUCGUAUAAGUAUGAUCACAAGCAUCAAAAAAGUAAGAAAUCUAUAUACUUAAAUAUCCAUAUACACUAGAGAUGAAACCGGGAGCGCGAAGUUUUUGAAAACUUCGAACCCGAACAUUUAGCCAAUACUUCCGUGAUUUAUCCUUGAAUUGUGAAAGGAAAACUUGCAGAAGCAAACAAAAAGAACUCUAUUCUACUAUUUUAGCGUGUAAGAGAAAAAUAAGUAAAGGGUUUUGUAUACUUUUUGUUGUUGACAUUUCUACACAUUAGGGUUGGGAAGAUCUGUUUCUCUAUUUCAUGUUCUCAUUCGCUAGAGAUUAAGAACUGGAGUCGAGUGAAAAAAGGAAAGUAAACCAGUGUUGCCAGUUUGCGCGAAAUUUUUAUCACAUAUGUAAAUAUAGCGGAUAAGGUCAUUGAAAAAAAAACCGGCAAAUUCUUUUAAACUGUUUUUAGCAAACUGAAACUUACAAUCGAGAAGAAAAAACACAGACACCGGAACGCAUUUCUAGUUGGCAGUGUGGCCAGAUUACCGAAAAACAAAAAAAAACACUAAACGAAAAAUGUAAACUCAAAAUGAAUGGGCGUGGCCUUCUUUUAUUAGCCAAGUCAGAAUCUGACUCAAAACGGAAACCUGUUGUAGACAGAAAUUAUAACGAAAGUGUGUUAGCAAAAGAAAGCAUCUGUGUCAAUCAUCGGUUACCCAGUUAGAUAUCAAGAAGAAUAAGAGAAAGGAAAAGCAACUUGAUUCGCCCGCCAUUUCGUUCAACUUUGCAGACCUAAGCUAUCCCUUGGCUGCUUCGAUUUUGUUUCCCCUAAAGUUUUCCCUUUUUUCUAACGCUCUUGAAAUCGGAAUCCAUUUAUGCAAAUCACAAGCUUAGGAGUCUCUUUCUCAGCUCUCUGUAGAUAUCUUUUGAAUCUGUCCAGUAUUAUCGUAGCCCAGUCAAGAACGGGAAUAGAUUUUUAACGAAAGAUGUUCAAAACAAACCCUGUAAGCAACUUUUUCUACACAAUUUGCAUUCACUGAAAGAAAACAUACUCACAUACAAUUUCUCUUUCCUCUGAAGUUAGACAAAGAAAAAUAAAAGCAAACGCAAACACCUGUAGAAUAAAAAAAGUCGUUACCUAACCCUUUAAUCUCUCACUCACACACACACAAACGGUAAAUGACGAAGAAAAUAACAUGGUUGUACCUAGAUCUUAAGUGUUGAUCGAUGUCCCUAAUUCUAUAUAUAUACAUAUAUAUUAUUACCAUUAUAUAAGAGGAAUCUUUCCAGAAAUACCAUGCAUUACACAUAAAAAAAAAUAAUUAAAAACCAUAACAAAUGUGACAAAGGAUAUAUAUUAUUAUAUAUUUAAAUGGUAAGGAAAGACAAACAAAAACACAAGUUAAAUUCUGCAAAGCAAAUCAGCGUAUUUAGAUUGUUGCAUCAAAAAACCAAAAACUACGAAACUGAAACUUCUAUUCGUUUGUUCAGCUCAAACAAUGAAACCCGAGAAUGCCAAUUGAUUUUAAAUCUUUCGAUAACCAAGGUUGUUUUUUAAUCUUACUCUGAGAGAUAGAAGUUGUAGGAAAUGGAAAUCCGGAAGCAAAUCCAGUAUAUAUAUACACACAUACACAAUUCCUAAGAAAAAAGCUCAAAUUAUUACUAUAAUUCUCAUCAUUAUUAUGAUUAUUCGAUUCGACACUGAAUUUUUAAAACCUAUAUGGACAAAAAGAAAUCACUCGAGAAAAUCAAAAGGCAAUAACUCGCUCACUCAAAUGAAACAAAAAACAAAAGUUAUUUAAUAAACAAUUGAACUUAACAAAAGCAACUGGAAAAGAGGAAAACCGCUAAUCUUUUCUGAAAAUAUAGUCUACACUUUUCUUAUUGGACGUGCUAGAUAAAACAACAGAAAAAAAGAAGAAAAGAAUUAAAAUAAACGUGUAAAAUUUUAAUCAGUUCUAACUUCACUUCACACACACACAAAAAUACACUCACUCUCAGCAACAGUGAAGGAAUAAAUAUGCCUCGAGGUGGACGAAUAUUACCUUUGAAGGCAAGAGCAAAUCAAAAUAAAAGAAAACAUAACGAAACGGUAUAUAUUUUGAAGGAUAAUUAUUUCUCGUUGUGUUAGGAAGCGUAGAAGGGAAAAAUGCGUGAUCAAAACCAAAUCUGGCGCGGAAUGAACUUUGAAACAAAACAGUAGUGAACGAGAAUAUUUAAAUUUAAUCUGUAGCUUUUCUAUUGAUUGUGAUAUUAGUUCAAAAUCGGUGAGUGAAAAAAAUGAGAAACAAAGAGAUUAAAAAAUUAUAUACAAAGAUAACAGUAAAUAAAAAACAGUUUAUCAGGAAGUGUAAUCAAAAACAUGAAACGAAAAUGGUAGUUCAAUUUCCCGGAAUUUGAUGAUUUCCGUUCCGCUCAAAGCGAACCAACAGUUACCAGACAGAAGUAGCUUUUGGCCCGGUACUGUAUUGGGGAAUGAUUGACUCAUACAAGCGCUCGGUAUGCAGAAAAAAAACUCUCUGAAAACUAGAGGGGUCAUUUUUCGAACCAAACAACAUUCGUGAAAAGUUUUAUUUUACGAUUCAAAGCUUACUUCGAUUCAAAAAAAAUACACACUCUGAAAACCAGCCGGUGUAUUUUUAAAACCAAAUGACAUUCGUGUGAAGUUUCAGCUUUAAAUUCAAAGCUUGCUUCGAUUGAAAAGUUACACUCUGGAAACCAGCUGGAAUACUUUUCAAACCAAACGGCAUUCGUGUAAAAUUUCAAUGUUCACAAUUGACCACGUUUUUCAAUCGUUGUUGAUGGAAAAUUUUGCAUUUUAAGUUUAUUUUAGUAAUGGUUUGAGCGAGUGGGUGGAUCGAAAUCACAAAGAAAGACCGAGAGCUCACGUAGAGCUCUAGUUUCGCAUAUCUAAGGUCCACGUGAAGAAAGUCUAUUGAACAGGAAUUGAAAAAGCUUCACGACAAAUAACAUAAAGACACAUAUUGGGAUUUUUAUUUCCUAAAUUGUAGAAUACAACCACAGAAGACUGAGUCAAUUUGGGGUCAUUUUUGAAUUUCUCAAACUCUAGGGUCUAAAAAGCUUCGUUUUGGUUCAAAAUUCAUACAAGAUUUUUCGCAUAAUUUUUAAAAAUCAUUUACAUGAGUAAAUUUGAACUUUGAGGUUUAUAUGGGAAAAUUCAAUGUUUUGUACUCAAAAAUCAACAUAAUUUUUGUUUCUACUAUAGAACCGAGCCUGCUAAUGGCUUUUGUGCCAAUUUUUUUAAAUUCUCUAUAGGAAAUUUUUCACUGAAUUACAUUGUCAAAGACUGUAGUUAGCUGUUUAAAAGGGGUAUGUAUUUCGGCAUUGAAAAACAAUAAAUUCAAUUGACAUCACUGUUGGUGCCUCGCGGAGUAUUGCAUGAAAAGAAGCCUUGCAAUACCUCGCUAGGCACUCAGCAGUGAUGCCAAUUGAAUUUAUGGUUUCCCAGCAUAACAUAAAUUCGCAUAAGAAAUGUUAGCUCAAAUCGUUAAAAAUGAUAAUGCGAAUCGCAAUUCUUCCAAAUAAAUGAACGAUCGUAAAAAUCGGUAAUUUUAGUCGGUAUGAAUCGGAUAUGAUAAAAAGUCCGCCAUGUUUGUAAAUUUGUUUUCUCGCGCGAAAUUCAAGUGAGAAAACAACCUUGUUCCUCUCUCUGCGAUAAGCAGUGCAACCAGAUUGCUAAAAAUCAGAUGGUUGAUUGGAAAAAUUUGAGAAGCAUCAAAUAUUGUAGCUGGCAUUGCAUGCAUUUAGAGCAAAACUCUCUCGCAUACCUUCUGGAUGUACGAAUAAGAUGUUGAAUAUCGUCCAUGUAUGUAUAAUUCUUAUCGCUUAAGCAAGAAGUUGAAAAUAUGUAUGUAACUUGUGCAGGUAAAUGCUGUUUUUUUCGAGUUUUUUGCGAUGAUUCAAUAAUAUAUAUUAAAUGUAUAAUAAAGUUUGUUGCGAAAUACCUCUAUCCAAUACCUAAUAACUUUUUUGUCUAACUAUAUGCGAAGCUACGGCCUCCGACAAAGUUGUUCAGCGAAAAAUUUCCUUUAGAGAAUGUAUAAAUUGAAAAACCAUAAGCAUUCUCGGUUUCAUAGAAGAAACAAUAAGGAUGAUGAUUCUUCAGUACAAAAUAUUCAAUUUCCCUAAAAAAACCUAAAAGUUCAAAUUUUCUCAUGUAAAUGUUACUUAAAAAUUCUGCAAAAAAUCAUGGAUGAGUUUUGAACCAAAACGAAACUUUUCAGACCCCAGAAAAGUUUGAGAAAUUCAAAAAUGAUCCUAAAUCAACUCAGUCUACUACCAUAGGAUUACCGAAUUAUAAUCGAAGUCCGGUAUUUUUUAUCAAAUCAGCUUACAGUCAAUCAUCUUCCAAUCAAACUAGGCGACAAAAUUUAUUGGAAAAUCGGUUCCUUCUAUUUGUUCAACCAUCGGACAGCAAACUAAAACAUAAGAUUAAAGCUACAAUCCACAUGAAUCUAUACGCAAAAAAGAGUAAUUAAAAAAACAAACACGAAUCGAAAGUCCGAGAUCCAGAAAACUGUGGCCUAAAAUAAGAGAAUUCAUAGAGUUUUAUUCACACUACUACUGUAUUGUACUAACGACAUUUACCAUUUACCAUCCACUUACCACUUUUCUUCUCGUUAAGUUUGCAGAAUUUCACAGAAAUCAAACUAUGAACACUUAAGUUGAAUUUCGGUUAGCAAUUCGAUUAGCAAAAAAAAAGUAAAAACUCGUCCCGUACCAGAAAUUAUGCGAAGGACAAAACAUAUACAUAAACACACGAAAGAAAAACUUUAGGAGAAUGAAACAUGAUAAUUACAAUGAAAGAAAAAUGAGAUAAUAGUUGAAACAUAUCAGUUUUCUAGAAGCAAACACAAAAGAAAAAAUGUAUUUAAACACAAAAGUAAUCUUAAAUGAAGCAAGAAGAAAUUACCAAGAACAAGAUAAGAUUGAUAUUAAAGUGUAAAUUUUUAAAAUGAAACCAUUGAACACGUUAAGAAGACGCAACCUAUUCUGUAAUUAUAGUACGGUAACGUUUAAAUGAAAUAAAAGGCUCUCGUACUUUUAAGACAUGGAAGGAAAAAUACGAACAGUGUUGUACCUUAAAUUAAUCUACAAAAUGGAUAGUUGUGUAUAGGCUAAAGGUUAAUUUUCGAGAAAAAAUUAAACACGUCAAGAUAAUAGAAAACGCUGUCGAAAGCGAACUGGUUCCAGUUCGAUGAGUGUACCUUAGUCAGGGUGAAAUGGAAGCAGAGAAGGAGGAACGUGCGGAAGAAAUUCCAAAGGAAUGUAACAAACAAUAACCUAAAGUGUUGCCAAAAAAAACAUAACAAAUGAAAUCGAAAACAGCCCACGUUGUAAAUGUGAUUGUACAUCGGACAUUUUUGUAAGCAAAUUUUUCGCACUCAAACUUUACAAAAUAAAAGAAACCAACCAGAAAAAGAUUAUAAUGGACAAAAAAGACAUAAGAACCUUGUUGCCAAUAUGGCUGAUUGGCCACCCUGAAGGAAGCAAAAACACACACAAAAAAACAGUGAAAACAUUGAAAAGUAAUAUUAUAUGACAAUCCUGCACCUUAAAAAUGGCGAACGUGAAACAGAAGUAAGCAGAAAAAAAAAACAAAAAACUUUUAAAAAGAAUCCCUAACUUAAAUCCCGGCGAGCGGCAACACGCCGCCGUCGCACUUUUGUACUUGUUUGUAAAUAGGAUGCCCACACCUGGCCAUGACUGUCUCAUAACCAAAGGAAGAUAAAUAAGGAAAAUCGCAAACGUCAGUCGAUGUGUCUCCAACGCUCGAAAUCUCUGGCUGUCUUACUCUCUUUCCUCGCGCGCGCGCUCUUCACUUCCGUUCUCGUUCUCGUUGAAGCGUUUGGGCUUCAAUGUUCAAAGCAGCCAACACUUUCUUUGAGUGGUUACAGACAGAAAACAAAAGAUAGGAAAGACAAAAAAUAGCUGUAAAUUGAAUACAAACACACAAACACAACAACAUUCAAGAGUUCUAUACAACAACGACGCUUGCUGUGCUUCGCUACCGUAGAAACACGAUGCAAGAGAGAGUUUGUUUUUUCUCCUCGGAAAGUCGUCGGGUAGCCGUUCUCGUUCAAGUUAUGAUCUUUGUUAAUGUUUAUUUAUUUUCGAUAAGGAGUUACCUAGGACGAACGAAUAAAUUAAUACCUGCUGAAUUUUAGUUUUUCUUAGAUUUAAGCGAUUAAACAUUCAAUUUGUUUUUAAUUUUAUGUAAGCUACUAGCGAUAAGUUAGGUGAAUUGAACUUAAGAUUUGUUUUCAUUUUGUUUGUGUGUGGUCGUGUUUAACGCGUUGCUAUGGAGAUAUAUUAACAACUACCUAACUAAGUCAUAUGUGUUGGGUGGGCUCAUGUUCGUUUUUCACAGCAGAUUUCAUCUUUUAAACUACAGUGUCGGACAAAACAUUAAAACCACUGCUCAAACAAAAACAGAAAGUGACGAAACUUAGAGAAAAAUAAUCAGGUCCAGUGUUUUAAUCCAUUUAAAAUAUUGUAUUUGCAUUGUUCAAAGAAAUUUAUAGAAUCUGUAGUUAAACAACAAGAAUGUUCGCUGAUGAAUAUGUUGAAAAACUUCAAGAGUUAGUACUUGGUCGUGUAACCUUUGUUACGCAUCAUUUCACGCACCCGGUUUGGCAUGGAUUCCACCAGCUUCUGGCACGUGGUGACAGGGAUGGCGUACCAACAAGCUUGGAUCCUCUCCCACAAUUCCUGCUUAUUUUUCCACUUCUUCGUGUACACCGACCUUUUCACGAUCUUCCAUACAUUUUCUAUAGGAUUAAGAUCCGAUGACUGCGCUGGCCACUCCAUGACAUCGACUUUGUUAUCCUGGAACCACUUUUUGACGGUCUUGGCAGAAUGUUUCGGAUCGUUAUCCUGCAUGAAAUGCCAUUUCAGGGGCAUCUCCCACUCGGCGUGUGGCAGCAUAACAUCCCUUAGGAUUUGAGCGUAGAGGUUCUAAUCCAUGAUCUUAUCCACCCAAUACAGGGGGCCAAAUCCAAACCGGGAGAAGCACCCCAACACGAUAGUAUUUCCUCCUCCAUGCUUGAAAGUCUUCUUGGUAUACUGUGGCAUGUAAGCGCAGGUUGUUGGACGAUGAACCUGUGGAAUUUGUCUUCAAAUUCACGGACUAAAGAAGGACGCAGCGUAUUUUGGACGCUUCGUUCGUAAAAUGGCUUCCGUCUGAUGGCGACGUUGACACAAGAUUGACGAGAGACCAACCGUUGUUCGUCGACGGACCGUCAUCGAAGAGAGGAUUCGCUUAUGAGGUCGACGAAUUGGCAUGAUGGGUUGCCAAUUCACUAGAUAAUGACACAUUUUGCCAAUAAAUCAAUUUCCUCCCAAAUUCAUCAAUAUCCCACAGAACCCAAGUUUUUCCGUCAGAGCCGCUGAGGUUUACCUUGUUCUCAUCCGACCACAGUGUACAGUAAUACCUACCUCGAUAUAAAGCAACGAAAUUUUUUUUUUCGUUGCUUUAUAUCGAAGUUACGUUAUAUCGAAACACUACUAAAAAUGGUCCUUUGGAGCAUCGAUAGUGAUCGUAAAUGUGAAAAAGUUGAUUCUUAAUUCUGUUUGUGCGGAUUUAAGAAACGUAAAAAAAAAUAUUUUUGUCACAAACUCAACAAUUUUGUUUGAUUAAUUUCGACAAACAUUUUCAGAAACAGUUAAAGUGAUGAUUCCGACAAACAUACAUAUUUUUCACAAUUUUACAAUUAAGUUAAAUCUGUUCUCCUACUAUUUUGUCCAUAACUUUUGACCAAAUCCGCCGCAAUGAAAAUUGCAUAUUAAGCGGCCAACCGUUCUCCUCUGCAUAUUUGAUAGCCACAUCAAAACCGUUCAAAGCGGACUGCUCUAACUUUCGUGAACAACUGUCAUCUUCUUGUAAACUCGAUUGUGUCUGGAGAUGUAAAUUACCAUUAUUAUUAAUGAUAACAUCAAUGAUAAAAAAAAAAGAUUUUUAGAAACUUACAGGCAGUGUAUCGUCUAUUAUUGACUGCGAACCCUCCACAUUGUUAUCCUCGUCUGGAUGAUUAGGAUGCAGGAUACUUGAAACGAUUUCGUCAUCAUUUAACGUCGCGUAUUCAGCAUCUUCUUCGUCGAUCUCUUCCGUCUUAGCAAGUUUCGCUGCAAUUCCGUUCCACCUUUCUCUGAGAACAGACAGUGGUAACUCGUUCCCAAUUUCAGAAGGGUUGUACAACAAGUUCCAAGACUUCUGGAUAGCUUCUGCGGACACUGAAUCCCAUGAUUGUGCAACCCAAUAGAUUGCAUCCUUAAUGUUUAUUUUUUUAUGUUUUCGUCGAACUCUCCACCUCGACCUUGAAUUUCACGCAUCAUUAGAUUUCUGUACCGUGACUUAAUCAUUCGAAUUAUGAUCUGGUCUAUUGGCUGUAUUGCCGCAGUGGUAUUCGGUGGUAAAAAUAUGGUGAAGACCGACCCAUCUUCGGUUUUCAGCUUAUCUGCAUUAAAAUGCGCAGAAUAAUUAUCUAAAACAAGAACAGCUUUGAUAGGUAAACAGAUUCUUCAAGAAACUUGGUGAUUUUUGGCACAAACUGCUCAAAAAACCAUUCUUUAAAUAAAGUUCUGGUCAUCAAGGCGUUCUUGGAGGACCUGUAGUAUUCUGGCAGCUCUUUAAUGUUUUUCAACGCUCGUGGUUUCGCGAAUUUCCCUAUCAUCACCAAUGGAAGUUUGAAACUACCAUCCACAUUGUUACAUGGCAUGAAAGUAAUCCUCUCCUUACUGAUUUUCCGACCAGGUGCUGAUCUGGCAUCCUGCUCAACUAAUGUUGCAAUCAUAAAAACUUAUUUGAAUAAAAGAAUACAUGCCCUAACAUCACUUCAGCUUAAGCAACUUAUCUAUAGGUGCAAAUAUAGUCAUUAAAAUUUGAAAUUGAGAUACAUGCUCUAGGCUGGAUUUUCAAAAGCACAAAAGCGACUAUCACAAUACUGAAAGUACUGGAGUUACAUUUUCAACGCUUGCGCUCAUUCGCUCUUUAUGCCUCUGAGAAUUUACCGCAAGGCUCAUAAACAACAUUAUUAUAUUUUUAUGACAAAAAAGUAUUGAAAUUAAACAUAUUUAUUCAAAUUAGAAACAUUUUUAAAAGUUACGUAAUACAGAGGCAAAAGUUGCUUUAUAUUGGGUUACGUUAUAUCGAGGUUGCUUUAAAAAGAGGUUGCUUUAUAUCGAGGUAUUACUGUAUUUCGUAACUGCUUCUCCUACUCUGAACCGAUCCAAUCGAAAUGGUCUUGUGCGAACUUUAUCCGCGCCUUCAGAUGUUUCCAGUCCAGAUGAACGUCCAGUCGUUUUGGAUUUUUUGCGGUCGCGGAGGACAUAAAACACGAAAGUUUUAGAGCGUCUCAAGUACUCUGCGAUUUCGCGUUGGCUGCUGCCUGCCUUGGCCAUUGUCCACUGUGUUUCCGUACAAUUAGGUGCGCGACCCAUUUUUCGUUGAAUGCCACUAGAAUUCGAGAAUUAAAACUUACAUACUUCUUGUUUACAUGAUAAAAACUCACUAGGAUCCGCAAAACACAAAAUGCCACCGAGAAACAAUCAAUUUUCUUCAAAAUUCGGUCGAAGCAACACUUAAUAGCCAAAACGAGGAACUGGUCCUAUAUUUUGUCGCAUUGGUUUUCAACUUUUGACAGCUAUCAGUGCGUUUAGCUAAAAUGGGUUGCUUUGAUUGGGUUAAGCAAGCGGUUUUCAAUGUUUUUACACUAGUAUAAGUCCUCGUGCUAAGUUUCACAUAAAUCAUAUUUGAAUUGGCAGUUAAAAGCUAUUUUGAUUUUUUUUUUCACAUAAGAGUGGUCUAAAUGAUUUGUACGACACUGUAUAGAGACUUAAUUUUUUUAAAUUCAAAUUCUUUAAAUCAAAUCUAAUAAUUCUGUCUUGAUACAUUUCGCGCCUGAAAAUAUCAAAUCUUUGAGAUCCAUCGAUGAUGGAUAUUUUCAGAGAAACAUGAGGAACAAAGAACAGAAAGAACAUAAGCCGUAAAUACCGUGAAUUUCUCGAAACAGAUACAACGGUUCUUCGACAGGACUUGAACCCGCAAUCAGCACUUCAGUACAACGACGCGUAAGCCAAUUACACCACGGUUAACGUCAUAGAAUCGCCCGAUGCGAGCGUACAAGUUCAGCUCAAUCGGUCGACUGCUGAAACUUCUAUAGAUACACUCCACGUAUAUCUCGCAUGCAGGGUUGCCAACUUUUUUUUAAAUAAUCAGGGACUGGUAAAAAAAUCAGAAUACAUAAAAAGUAGCGGAAAUUUAGCUCAAAGUGAUGACUUUUUUUUCGGUGAUCGUUGCUCCACAUUUUCACUUUAGUAAUGGUAUCUAAUGCUGUUCCUUUUUACCCGGCUUAUUUUCAAAAAUUAGGGAAAUUCAAUGGCUUAUUAGGUUGUCAGACUGAACCUCGAAAAAUCAGGGAAAACCUGAAAAUUAGGGGCAUUGACAUCUCUGCUCGUAUGUGUUCUUGCCUCCUAUUAACGCACCGGCACUAAAUUUUACUUCGGAGUCCGGAUUUCCGAGUUCCAACAAAGAAAAGUGAACUGUGGAGAGCAGAUAUUCCACUUGUAUGCCAAUGUUAGUAUAUGUUAGAUUGUUGCCAUUCGAUAGCCCCUCGCCCAUUCUUCGCCCGCGUCCUGCUGUCACAUCAGCGAUCAGCCAGUCAGUCAUCAAUUGAUCCUCCUCGAGUAAGGACUCCGCGAACGCGCAGUAUCAACCUCCUCGGGGCGCAGGCGUUCUCCCUCCCGGCAAGCCGGUGCAUCGGGUCAGGCAGUGACACAAGAACAGGUAUGUCCUCCAAAGUAGAACCCACAUGAACUACUAGUUUGUCGGAAGUUUGUGUUUUGUUGCCAAUUCACCAGCGACGUUUCUAAAAAAUUUAAAAAAUGGACAAUAUUGAUCUCUAUCAUCGCCAGAGAUGCCAAUGUGCCUGAUUUUCGAGGCUCAGCCUGACAACCUGAUAAGCCAUUGGAUGUCCUUGAUUUUUGAAAAUAAGCCUGAUUUUGCCUGAUUUUUUUGCGAAUACGAUGAAAAAUGUGUAUUAAGGAACUGAUCAUUGCUAAAGUGAAAAUUUGGAGCGACGACCAAAAAAAAGUCAUAACUUUGAACUAAAUUUCCGUAACUUUGACGUAACCUGAGUUUUUUUUUCAAAAGUGCCUGAUUUUAAAAAAAAAGUUGGCAACCCUGAUCCCCACCCAUCGACUCGGGAUUUCAGCCGAGCGUGCACAUGGUCGAUUGCUUCGGUCUUGCCGCUACUUACCUACGAUUAAAUCGAUGAAGCAAUCAGUGCUGCUCAACAGUGUUGUCAGAUCUACGGAUUUAUCCUUAGAUCUAAGAAUUUCAAGCGUUUUUAUGGAGCUACGGAGCGAUGCUCAAAAUUUAAGGGUUUUCAGCAUUUCCUACGGAUUUUCUACGAAUUAUCGAAAAAAUUAUAGGGAUUCUGCGGAUAAACGAAAAUUCUCAAUGACGGUAAAAAAAAAGGUCAUCAAGUUUCAUUUUGACAAAAUCAAUACAUUUUUCGAUUUUCGUCAAACCUACGGAUUCGAGUGGUUUGCAAUCUGGCAACGCUGCUGCUCAAGGUUCCGAGCAGAUCGGUUACACAGGGAGGUGCUGCUGAAACAAGAGGUGAUAGAGAAACAAGAGAGAUCAAUAGGAAGCAAGAACACGUGCGAGAAAAAGGUAUAUGAAGUGGAAGGUCCAGCAGUCGACCGAUUGAGCUCGACUUGUACGCUCGCGUCGGUCGAUUCCAUCACGUUCACCGUGGUGAAGUUGUCUAAUGCGCCGUUGUACUGAAGCGGAGAAACGGGUUCAAGUCCUGUCAGUGAGCCGUUGUAUCUUUUUCGAGAAAUUCAUGAUAAUUACGGUGUAUGUUUUUUCUUUUCUUUGAUCCUCAUGUUUCUCUGAAAAUUCUCAUCCUCUUGAAAACUUUCAAAUCUUUUUUUAAUGUUGAAAACAAAUUCAAAAUAAAAUGCGGAAAAAUAUUUUUGAUUCCAAGCACUUCCAAAUUCACGAACCAUUGGCUAAAGGUAGUUGAAAUAUUUUCCUAGUGAGCAAACACGAGCGUUGAUAUUGAAAAAAAUUUCAACGAUUAUUCUUAAACUGAUCUGUGUUUUAAACCCUCAUCGGGACGCUAUGCCCCAAGGAACUGGUUUUCUCUCGGCUGUCCCUGUUCUAGUCCCUGAUCCAUUUUUGUUAAGUUAGUGGCUACUGUAGUUCAAUUGUUAUACAAGUUCAAAACUUGACCCUUUUCUUUAUCGAUUAAGUUAGUUAAGGUUAACCAAAAUGCCAAAACGUCCGUGUAGGUUAAAAACGGUAUAGUCGCGAAGCUGAAAGAGAACGAAACAAACUGUCAAAGACAUCCUCUAGCGUAACAACAAAAAUAUUCUUUAUUAGCGUUUAUUGACCGAAACUUUCGUCCAAUCUCUGUUCUGUGUGUACAUUGUUAGUAGAUAAAUAAGUUUUGUUCGCGUCACAAAUUUUUGGCGAACACAUAAUGCGAUAAUCAAGCUUUUCGAAAGAUGAUAUCCCAUAAUCGUAACCCCCGGACAACCAGUCGAUUCUUUGAGCUUACUACCUUUGCAGAAUCCAAAUUUUCUUGAUUGUUAAUCUUAAGUGAUUGUGAGUAAAUAUAAUUAUACGUAAGCAUUUUAAUCGAGUAUAUUUAUUGCAUCAUACAGACAAGCCGCAAGCAUACAAGAGAAAGAAAAAAACUAACUGCAAACGAUACCUUGAAGAAGCUGAAAUUACAACCCGAAACGUUAUCAGACAGAUAGCAGAUUCAAAAACCAAUCACAACUACAAGCGUUUGUUUAUUAGGAAAUAUUACGAAUGAAGAGAACCAACAGCAGAGCAGCAAAGUGAGAAGAAAACAUAAACAAAAAUGGCGGCAACUUGACAGCUAAUUGCCUUUAUGGAUGUUGGUAAACAACAAGAGAAAUGAAAUAAAAGACAUACAAAAAUAACGGCAAUCCUGACACGGAAUCGAUUCAAUGUUUUAACUGUUAGUUUUUAAAACCUUACCCAAAACCCAACACAUUAAGAACACAUCAAAACUCGGAACAGUCGAAAACGAGGAUGAUUGCAAAGGACAGAGACACUCCAAUAAAAUCACAUCAAACUGAAACAGACAUUAAACGAAAACAUUCACAGUUACUUAGAAACAAGCAAAACAACAAACACACAACCUGGGUAGUUUUAUUUAAGACGAUGGGAAUAAAAUCUGCGUGAUGUAUGCCAUAUGUUUUGAAACUAAAACAAAAAGGAAAAAAAACAUUUGAAACCAACAACUGCAACCAGAACACAGACAGACAGAUGUACAGUACGGACAGAAUGAAACAAACAAAACAAAAAAAUGAGAAAAACAAGAAAAAAGGCUAUUAUUGAGAUAGUUUUUAGAUUUACCAUAUGAUUGUUCAAACUAAAUGAAAAAAAAACAA